AUGGUCCCAAGAUGCUUCAUAAUCCGGCACGGCGAAACGGAAUGGUCCCUCAACGGGCGACACACCGGCAAUACGGAUCUGGCGCUGACAGCCAACGGCGAGAAACGGGUCAAGGCGACUGGGAAAGCACUCGUCGGGAAUGAUCGGUUGAUUGCGCCGAGGAAAUUGGUUCAUGUGUAUGUCUCGCCGCGGGCGCGGGCGCAGCGCACGCUGGAGUUACUUGAGAUUGGGUGUCGGGAGAGAUUACCCUGGAAUGAGGAACGGAAGAGCGAGGAUGAGGAGCCGAUUCGGACGGAGGCCAAGGUUGAGAUUACGGAGGCUGUGAGGGAGUGGGAUUAUGGGGAUUAUGAGGGGUUGACGAGUAAGCAGAUUAGGGAGAUGAGGAGGGAGAAUGGGGAAGAGCCGUGGGAUAUUUGGAGGGAUGGAUGUCCUGGUGGAGAAUCCCCCGAAGACGUCGUCCGCCGUCUUGAUGCCCUCAUCGCCGAUAUCAGGAAGAAGUUCCACGGUCCUUGUUUCGACAGUGAAGGUGAUCAAGGAGAUGUCCUGAUUGUCGCACACGGCCAUAUCCUGCGGGCUUUCGCCAUGCGCUGGACCGGGAAGCCGUUGACCGAGACCGCGCUGAUUCUGGAAGCUGGAGGUGUGGGCACACUGAGCUACGAACAUCAUAAUAUCGAGGAACCGGCGAUUAUCCUCGGAGGAGGCUUUGUGGUCGAGAACUAA